AUGCCUGGAAACAUCAGAUCAGUGUCUGUUGUGUGGGUUGUGUUGGUCUGUGUGUCGUUUUGCAGCAGACUGACCGGUGUAGGUGCAGCACCCAUCUGUACCAAUGCCCAAGCUGGGUGCCACGUCCUGUCCCUGGCCAACCUGUUUGACCGGGUCAUCCAACACUCAGCCAGGAUGCAUGGCAUUUCAAAUGACCUUCACUCCGAGUUUGAGCAGUACUUCCUGCCCAGUAAGAAUCAGAUUGGCCGGGUCAGUCGCAACUGUCACACCUCCACCAUCCUCACCCCAAAUGGCAAAGAGAACGCUCAGAGAAUGGCGAGAGAGGAGCUGACGGAGGUGAUUCUGAAGCUCCUGACGGCGUGGAGGGAUCCUCUGUGGCAUUUCCACCAAAGCAUGGCUCACCACCAUGAUUUCAACAACUUCAGCUCCAAUAAAGCUCUUGAGAUGAGUGACAUGGUGCACGAGCUACGCAAAGGUGUAGAGAAAGUGGCUGAGAAGAUGCAGAUGUUGGGGAUGAUAAGUAACUCUGUCAGCAGCCUGGAUUCUCCUGAGGGUUUGUUGCCAUCAGACAGUGCCGAGUGGCACCUGAUGAAAGACUAUGACCUCCUCUACUGCUUCCGCCGAGACUCCAAUAAGGUCCAGAACUACCUGAAGAUCCUCAAGUGUCGAAUCAUUCCAGAGCAUGGAUGCUGA